ACAGUCCCCUGCCCUCGGUGGCGAUGGAGCCGCUGUUCCCCACCUCCAGACCAGCCGGCUGGAAUGCCUCAGCGGCCACCACCGGCGGCGGCGGCGGCGGCGGGGAGAACGGGACGAUGGCGGGGCCGGCAUCCUCGCCGGGGGCCCGAGCGGUGGCGGUGCCGGUGCUCUACCUGCUGGUGUGCGUGGUGGGGCUGGGCGGCAACGCGCUGGUCAUCUACGUGGUGCUGCGCCACGCCAAGAUGAAGACCGUCACCAACAUCUACAUCCUCAACCUGGCGGUGGCCGACGUGCUCCUCCUGCUGGGGCUGCCCUUCCUGGCCACGCAGAACGCCGUCUCCUACUGGCCCUUCGGCCCCGUGCUGUGCCGCCUGGUCAUGACGCUGGACGGCAUCAACCAGUUCACCAGCAUCUUCUGCCUGACCAUCAUGAGCGUGGACCGCUACCUGGCCGUUGUCCACCCCAUCCGCUCCGCGCAGUGGCGCCGCCCACGGGUGGCCAAGCUGGCCAGCGCCGCGGUCUGGGCCUUCUCGCUGCUCAUGUCUCUGCCCCUGGUGGUCUUCGCGGACAUCCAGGAGGGCUGGGACACCUGCAACCUCAGCUGGCCGGAGCCCGUGGGCCUGUGGGGCGCCGUCUUCAUCAUCUACACGUCCGUCCUGGGCUUCUUCGGGCCACUGCUGGUCAUCUGCCUGUGCUACCUGCUCAUCGUGGUGAAGGUGAAGGCGUCCGGCGUGCGCGUGGGCUCCACGCGGCGGCGCUCGGAGCGCAAGGUGACACGCAUGGUGGUGGUGGUGGUGCUGGUAUUCGUGGGCUGCUGGCUGCCCUUCUUCAUCAUCAACAUCGUCAACCUGGCCAUCGUCCUGCCCGAGGAGCCCGCCGCCGCGGGUGUCUACUUCUUCGUGGUCAUCCUGUCCUACGCCAACAGCUGUGCCAACCCUGUGCUCUAUGGCUUCCUCUCUGACAACUUCCGCCAGAGCUUCCGGAAGGUUCUGUGCUUCCGGAAGGGCUAUGGCACCGAGGACGUGGAUGCCACAGAGCCACGGCCCGACAAGAGCAGCCGGCUGCAGGAGGCCACGCUGGCUGCAUGCAGCUCAGAGGCCAACGGGCUCAUGCAGACCAGUAGGUUGUGA